AUGCCCCUCUUCAGCUCCCUCCCGGGAACUGUCAUACGCUGCUUCAAGCGCGUGGAAACAUUCGCAGACUGGAUCACAGGCGCCGCCGGACCGUUCUUUGUCUUCUUCUGUUGGGUCCUCAUCGGCUCGGGCGGUAUACUCUUCUUCGACGUGGUAGCCCGCGACCUCAACAUAUUCGCCCUCCUCAUCCUCUCCCCCGUCCUCAUCCUCGUUCCCCUAAACCUCUACACCCACUACUAUCUCGUCACCCACGUUCCCCCCGGCCACCCUGCUCCACGAGCAUCCGGACCGGAUAGGAACGUCAAAUGGAUCAUCCAUGAUCCCAAAAGUAUCUGGUCAGCCGAGCGGUGGGGUUUUCGACGGCGCGUGAGGCUGCCUCUGAGCCAGGGUGCGGCGGGGGAUACGGGGUAUUCUAGAAAUGGGGGGCAGGGCGAAACGGGGAGAAGGGUGAAGCGGUGUAGGAAGUGUGAUGGUCCCAAGCCAGAGAGGACACAUCAUUGCUCAGUGUGCAAGAGGUGUGUUUUACAGAUGGAUCACCAUUGCCCAUGGAUCAACAACUGCGUCGGGCUGCAUAACCAACGUCACUUUGUCCUCUUCAUGGCCUGGCUAUCACUAGCUUGCCUCGUCCUCUGCACCCUCGGAGUCCAACGUUUCUUUGAUACAUUCCGCUAUUCUGCUGAAUGGCCUGCGUACUCGCCGCAAUUGGCAUUCACCAUGAUAUGGGUGCUUGCUGCUGCUAUCGGUUUUGCGGUUGGUGUUCUUUGUGCUUGGCAUUUGUAUAUGGUGUCUAAAGGAGAGACGUCUAUCGAAUCGCAUGAUAACGAUUAUCUUGCAAACAAGGCCAAGAGAGAAGGUCUCAUGUACUUGAACCCCUAUGAUCUCGGCAGACGGCGUAACUUGGAACUUUUCUUCAACAUCGGCCUAGGCGGAUACUCUCCAUACACCCUUCUCUUCCCCUUCCUAAUCCCCCCCUCCUCAAACGGCUGGUCCUACCCCCGCCGCUCCCUCCCCCCACCCCAACAUCCCCGCCCCCCACACGCAGCGUCCAACUUGCACGCGCCCGAGCUGGGGGAGGGGUUGAUAGCGCGGUCGAAUGUUGGAGGAGGGGAAGGGUUGGGGUUGGGGUUGGGGUUGGAUUUGACUGGAUCUGGUGCUGGUACUGGGGGUGGGGCCGGAGGGGGAGGGGAGGAAGGAUAUGGGGGCGGUGGGAAUGGGGGGUAUGUUAUGGGGGAUGAUGGGAGUUUGACGGAUGAUGAUGAGGGCGGUGGUGGGUGGAUGGACUAUUGA